AUGACAACCAACAACGAAGUUGAACAAAAUGGUGCGCUGAUUGUGAAAAGUGAGGCAAGUGAAGCUACAGUGAUUGCCAAUAUAAAUUUCCCAGACUUCGACCAAGAGGAUAUUGAAACCUGGUUCAUAUGCCUUAAAGCCUCUUUUCACGUCAACGGCAUUAAACUGGACAAGUUUAAGUUCAACACAGUGAUCGUCGCUCUUGGUUCACGAGCAAAAUACGUGCAUUCAGUUAUAAAGCAGUGCCAAAACGAAAAUAACAGCAACAAGUACGAAACACUAAAGGAAGCUGUUAUCGCUCAUUUCCAACCAUCGGAAACACAGCGACUGAGCAGUUUGCUGUCCGGCAUGUCCCUUGGAGACCAGAAACCCAGCGUCUUGCUGUCCGAGAUGCGCCGCUUAGGAGGAGCAGGUUGUACCGACAACAUCCUGACCAACUUAUGGUUGCGAACCCUGCCCAGCACAACUCGUGCCAUCAUCGCUGCCAUGCCAACCGCAACACUGGACGAUCAGGCAAAAGUUGCUGACAAGAUUCUGGAGGCACCCCGCGAGCAGAUUUCCUCUAUUCAACAUCGAGGAGAUGGAGCUACGAUAAAUUCGCUGGAACAACGUAUCGAAGCCCUUACGCAACGCUUAGAUGAAGCACUAACAGCUCGCAAGUGUGAAAAACAGAAGGCUGACAACCCGAACGUACCGUGUAUUUUUUUCGACGGGAAGAUCGAGGUGUACUCUCAACCGCGACCGAUGUAA